AUGCCACACAACGAUCUGCUCUUUAUUGAUAUUGGGAUUGGCGAAUGCCAGGUCACAAAGGUUCUCGUCGACACUGGCAGCUCGGUCAACCUAAUCUUUCAAGACAUGCUCGACAAGAUGGGAAUUGACUUACGGAACAUGAGGCCUUCCACACGUACCCUUACCGGAUUCAACGUAGCCUCGGAGAAAAUGAUCGGGACAAUACGUCUCCCAGUCUAUGCAGGGGACGUAACCCGAACCGUCAAAUUCUCUGUCAUCCGCGCAAAAGACCCCUACAACGCCAUCCUCAGCACGCCUUGGCUGCACUCCAUAAAAGCCGUUCCCUCGACUUACCAUCAAUGCAUCAAAUUCCCCAGAAAAGACGGCACAAUUCUGACGAUCCGUGGAGAGCAACGAGCCGCGAGGGUGCUACUUAUCGCCACAGUCAAGCUACAAUAA